AUGGCAGCUUCUUGGAGGUUUGUAUUUUUUCUCUUUUUGUUCCUUGUGGUGUCCAGAAGCCUGAGCCUGGCGAGUUCAGAUACUGGACAUGAUACCGAGUCUGACACUGAACACGACAGUUCAGACAGCGGACAUGAAACUUUGACAAGCAGCGAUCAUGGGAACACCUCAAGCUCAGACUCUGAACACUCUGAACAUGGGGACUCUGGAGACAGCGGACAUGCGGAUGGCGGUCAUGGUUCAGCACCCAUCACCACUCUUCCUAUCGUGAGCUGGAAGUGGCACCAUGUAGAGGUACCGUACAUAGUGGCCCUCUGGAUCCUCGUCUGCUGGCUCUGUAAACUUGUUAUCGAGGCCAAUCACCAUGUGACCAACGUGAUCCCAGAGAGCGCUCUGCUCAUCUGCUUCGGCUUCAUCCUAGGCGGGAUGAUUUGGGGUGCAGACAAGGUGCAGACCUUCACGCUGACCCCAACCGUGUUCUUCUUCUACCUGUUGCCACAAGUCAUCCUGGACGCGGGAUACUCCAUGCCCAACAAGCUCUUUUUCAGUAACAUGGGUGCCAUCCUGGUCUACGCCGUCAUUGGGACCUGCUGGAACGCCGCCAGCUUGGGGCUGUCGCUAUGGGGGUGUCACAUGGGAGGGGCCAUGGGUGACCUCGACAUCGGUCUGCUGCAGUAUCUUCUGUUCGGCAGUCUGAUCGCUGCCGUCGACCCCGUCGCCGUCAUCGCCGUGUUUGAGCAGGUCCACGUCAAUGAGGUCCUCUUCAUCAUGGUGUUUGGGGAGUCACUGCUCAAUGACGGCGUGACAGUGGUGCUGUUCAAUGUAUUUGAUGCCUUUGUAUCCCUGGGAGGAUCCAAAAUAAAUGCUGUGGAGAUCAUUAAAGGAAUAAUUUCCUUCUUUGUGGUUGCAUUCGGCGGGUCUCUUGUGGGCUUUGUGUUCGGCCUGCUGAUCUCUCUUGUGACCAGAUGCACUAAAAACAUUCAGAUCAUCGAAGCCGGCUUUGUCUUUGUCCUGGGUUACCUGGCUUACCUGACUGCAGAGAUGCUCUCCCUGUCAGCCAUCCUCUCGAUUGUCUUCUGUGGUAUGUGCUGCCAAAAGUACAUCAAUGCAAACAUGGAUGAGCGCUCUGUCACCACAGUCAGAUUUGUCAUGAAGCUUUUAGCCAACGGAUCAGAAACCAUCAUCUUCGUGUUCCUCGGCAUCUCAGCCAUCGAUAAAGUGAUCUGGGUGUGGAACACGGGCUUCAUCCUCCUCACGCUGCUCUUCAUCUUCGUGUACAGAUUCAUCGGGGUCUUUUUCCUCACCUGGAUCCUCAACAAGUUCAGGCUGGUCCCCAUUGAGAUCAUAGAUCAGGUGAUUAUGAGCUAUGGUGGCCUGCGAGGGGCUGUUGCUUAUGGUUUGGCAACGAUGCUGGAUGAGAACAAGAUAAAGGAGAAGAAUCUGAUGGUCUGCACCACUCUUAUUGUGGUGUACUUCACUGUUAUCAUACAGGGAAUCACAAUGAAACCUUUGGUCACCUGGCUUAAAGUGAAAAGAGCUGCUGUGGCCGAGCUCACACUCAUUGAGAAAGUGCAGAACAAGGUGUUCGAUCACAUGCUUGUUGCCAUAGAAGAUAUAUCAGGACAAAUAGGACACAACUACAUGAGGGACAAGUGGAAUCAUUUUGAAGAGAACUGGAUGUCGAGAGUUUUGAUGAAGCCGUCAGCGAGAAAGAACCGUGACUAUGUCUUCAAAGUCUUCCAUCAGCUGAACCUCAACGAUGCUAUGCAAUAUGUGGCAGAGGGUGAACGUCGAGGCUCUCUGGAGUUUAUCCGUAAUGAAAAAGCAUUGGUCAAUUUCAAAAAGAAGUUUGAUGAUGAAUAUUCAGAUAUCAUGCCAGACGUGACGGCGGACACGUCUGAUGAUCACGGGGCAACGUCCUCAAUGAGAAGGAACCCUGUGCCGUCUGUGAGCCUGGAAAUGCACGAGCAGAACAUGAACGGUGUGAGGGAAACAGAGGACAUUAACACUCACCACCUGCUGCAGCAGCACCUUUACAAAGGCAGGAAACAGCACCGGCACAGGUACAGCCGGACUCAUUUCGACGUCAACAAGGAUGAAAACGAGGUGCAGGAGAUCUUCCAGAGGACCAUGAGGAGCCGAUUGGAGUCCUUCAAGUCUGCAAAGAUGGGUGUCGCUCCACCGAAACCCAUCACCAAGCACACAAAGAAAGACCAGCAGCAAAAGAUGCCAAAUGGGAAAUCAACGGACAAAAGUAAAAGCUACUAUUCUGGUGAUGAAGAUUUUGAGUUCUCAGAGGGAGACAACGCCUCAGGAUAUGACACAUCAUUCCCCAUGAGGGUCACCUACAGAGCAGGAGCUGGCAUUGAGAAUCCAGCCUUCAUGCCUGACUUGGACCCCAUGUCGGCAGUGCAGAUCCCCCCUUGGCUGGCGGAGGCAGAGCUUGACAGUGGUACGGUAGCUCCCUCAGAGCGAGCUCAGGUGAGGCUGCCGUGGACGCCCAGCAACCUGCGCCGUCUCGCCCCCCUUCGCAUCAGCACCCGCUCCACCGACUCCUUCAUGAUGGCCGACAAUUCAGCCACACUGCAGAGAGACGAUGAGUUCCUGCCUCCACCCCGGAGUCCACCACCACCACCACCACCACCACCACCACCACCACCGCCCCACAGAGACUGA